CUUCGCACAUCGGAAAUUAAAUGACGUGUUGUCAGGAUUACACCAUCCAUUUAGAUCUACAAGUAGAAGCUCUUUGAAUUAAAAAUGUCUCUCUAUAACUUCAAGAAGAUAACAGUUGUGCCGAAGUCUAAGGACUUUAUUGACAUUGUCCUGUCGAAGACUCAACGCAAGACCCCAACAGUUGUUCACAAGCAUUAUAAGAUCAGCCGAAUACGGCAGUUCUACAUGAGAAAAAUCAAGUUUACACAGCAGAGUUACCAUGACAAACUUCAACAGAUCAUUCAGGACUUUCCCAAGUUAGAAGACGUUCAUCCAUUCUAUGCUGAUCUGAUGAAUGUAUUGUAUGAUAAAGACCAUUACAAGCUUGCCCUGGGUCAGAUUAACACAGCCCUGCAUCUCAUUGACAAUGUCGCAAGAGACUACUGCCGACUGAUGAAGUAUGGUGAUUCGUUGUACCGGUGCAAGCAGCUGAAGAGGGCUGGUAUGGGACGAAUGUGCACCAUCAUGAAGAGGCAAGGUCAGAGUCUGGAGUACCUGGAGCAGGUCAGGCAGCAUCUAUCAAGGCUGCCCUCUAUAGAUCCAAACACACGCACACUCCUACUCUGUGGGUUCCCCAACGUUGGCAAAUCAAGCUUCAUGAAUAAGGUCACUAGAGCAGAUGUAGAAGUCCAACCCUACGCUUUCACCACCAAGUCUCUCUUUGUGGGUCACAUGGACUACCGGUAUCUUCGUUGGCAGGUGGUCGACACACCCGGUAUCCUAGAUCAUUCCCUUGAAGAUAGGAACACCAUUGAGAUGCAAGCCAUCACAGCGUUGGCACAUCUCCGGGCAGCAGUUCUCUAUGUCAUGGAUGUAUCAGAACAGUGUGGACAUUCAGUUGAAGAACAGAUGGAGUUAUUUGAGAGUAUACGCCCCCUGUUUGCCAACAAGCCUCUUAUCAUUGUAGCUAACAAGACAGAUAUAGUUGAGCUCAAAGAACUCAGUGAGGAACAGCAGGAGUUCUUCAGGAAAGCUGAAGCAGAUGGAGUUACUGUGAUACAGACAAGCACAGUCACAGAGCAAGGCAUCAUGCAAGUCAAAACAGAGGCAUGUGACAGACUCCUCUUACAAAGGGUAGACAUGAAGAUGAAAGGUCGUAAGGUCAAUGAUGUCCUUAAUCGCCUCCACAUAGCCAUGCCUUCUCCAAGAGAUGAUAAGUCAAGACCGCCCUGCAUUCCCGCUGCUGUGCUAGCCCGCAAGGAAGCCAUGGAGACGGACCGCAAGAAACGGUCACUCCGAGACGAGGAGCUCGAGAUGGGAGAUGACUUCAUCCUCGAGCUACAUAGAGAAUGGGAUCUGAAGAACGAAGAAGAGAAGACAGAUAUCAUCCCUGAGCUAUGGAUGGGUAAGAACAUAGCAGACUAUGUGGAUCCUGAGAUUGAUGCCAAGCUGGCUGAGCUGGAGGAGGAGGAAGCCAUGAGAGAGGCGGCUGGUGUCUAUGACAAUGCAGAAUCAUCUGAGGAUGAAGAGAUGAAGGAGAUCAGGGUAACAGCAAGGAAGAUCCGUGACAAGAAGAUCCUGUUACAGAUGGAAUCAAGAGAAAAGAAGAGGAUCAGACAUCCGUCUAUUAUUAGGAAGACUGAAGGGAUCAAAAGGAAGCGCUUUGAGAGUGAGAUGGGUGGAUUGGGUGUGGAUAUUGCAGGUGAUAACUUUACCCAGAAUCGUGGAAGGAGUACCAGUCGUGCUCCAUUGGUCAAGAAGCGUCGUACAGACUCCACUGGACGUGAGACAAGCAGUAUGAGAACACCAAGGGAUGAGUCUGGCCUUAGAGACGUAAAGACGCGUAAGAAGGUUCGUACCUUGUCCAAGGUGUCUCAGCGCAAGAUGAACAUGAACGCUAAGAAGGGCGAGGCCGAUCGUAACAUCCCUUGCAAGAUGCCCAAACAUUUGUUUGCUGGAAAGCGAAAGGGUGGAUCCACAAGCAGACGAUGAGGAUGAGUGAAAACAGGAACACAAUAAAUGGGUUAUACAAUGUAUGCUUCAGUGACAAUUGCUCUGUGGUCUAUUUCAAACAUUACCCAGUCUUCUACCUUCAAGCCUGGAUCCAACAUGUUGGCCGACACUACACCUAACCCUAUAUCUCUGAUAAAACCAAGCCUGGGGCAUUUGUCAUUGGAGCAACUGUUGGAUCAGUGAUAAAUGGUCCAGGAAGCUUUUGUGGAGAUAUGUUAGGCAGCAUGUUUCUCCCUAGCAAAAUCAACUAUAUGAAAGUUUAUGGUUACAUGGAUAUGGUCUUAACGGAAGCAGACUAUUAUUUUCAUUUAUGGCUGGUAUCGUAGUCAGAUUUUGCCUUUAUUCUGGCUUCUCACUUAACUGUAGCUAUGACUGCAUUCUCAAGAUUGUUAUCUUAAUGCUUCUUUAAUUCAUAUACAUGUAUAUCUACAUUAAAUUGUUUUGAGAACUAUGUGAUAAUUGAUAAAAUAAGCUGACAUAUACAGUAUGUGGCAUUUAAGAUGCCAUCUGUUAUUGAUUUGUAUGCUUCAAGUCAUUAAUGUGCGUGCAUCAAUCAUUCUUGAUUAUCUGACCCCACUUUCAUAUUUUAUUAACAAUGCAGUACAUAAUUGUUUAUUCAAAACAUAAUUCUUCCAUUAGUCUUUGCUCUUUAGGAAGUAGAAUAAAAAAGAAUUGAGUUUAUGAUGUUGAUAUUUUAGAGGAAUGUAUAAUCAUGACCCCAAAUUGUCUCAGUAUUAUGUUUCAUUAAUUUGUUGGGACAAAUACUCUAUUAUGCAUUGUAUACUUAUAUGAAAUUUUAAACCGUGAUCAGAGUUAUUUUAAUCUUCAAAAUUAUGACAAGAAUACAAAUACAAAGUAUUUCACCUUUUCCCACUAUUUUAAUUUUGUAUUUAAAAAGUGUCAAAAUCCUCUGAUUUAAUCUGUUUUUCUAUUUUGUGAAACAGUUAUUUUUAUGACCCGUUAUGUAUAACUGAGAGGUCAACCUUUUAUUAAGCCCACAUUUUGGUGUUGAUAUCUGAAGAGAUACAUUUUUUUAACAAUUACAUGUAUUUGAAAUUAAUACUUUUAAAAUUGUGGUAAAUCACUUAAUGCUCUCAAUAGGCACAAUACUCAACAGUAUUAUUUGUAGUCUCUCUCUACUUGGAAAGGAACAUUUAAUAGUAGGAUCGCAUUUUUUUUGGUCAUCCUUUUUCUUUCUCAGAUGGCAUCUUAUGAUAUUGUAUUUCAAGAAUGUAAUAAAGCCAUAAUAUUAAAUGAUAAGUUUAUCUGCAGACACAUAAUAAUACAAUGUGGACAUUGACUGCAUGUAUAAUGGGUAUUAUGUAGCUUACAAUUGAAUCAAGGAAUUUCAUAUUGUUACGAUGCUGAUAUGCAUGUAUUUUAUGUUAAAAUAUACCUAUUAUCAUACAACUUCA